ACUAGUGAAGUACUGAGCAAGCCUCCAUUUUGGUUCUGCUUCUACACACUUCUGUCUGCGGCAUUUGGCGCAGCGCCAGGGCGACGAUGGACGGCGAAAAGGUGUCGGAGCUGAGAGCUUUCGUCGACGCCUGCAAGUCGGAUCCUUCCCUUCUCCACCACCCUUCGCUAUCCUUCUUCCGUGACUACCUCCACAGCCUCGGCGGUCGGAUUCCUCCCAACAUAACUUCGCCGGAAGGUGCUGUUGGUGAGGAUGAAAUUGUUGAGUCCGAUAUUGAGCUAGAUGGUGAAUUGGUAGAACCAGAUGAUGGUCCUCCUCAAAAGAUGGGAGAUCAAUCAAUAGAAGUUUCUGAAGAAAACCGUGAUGCUGCUCAGGCAUUGAAAGCAAAUGCUACGUACGCAAUAUCGGAAGGUAACUUGGAUGAAGCAAUUGAAUAUCUUACAGAGGCUAUCUUACUGAAUCCAAGUUCAGCUAUCUUAUAUGCCACUAGAGCUAGUGUGUUUGCCAAGCUGAGAAAACCAAAUGCUGCUAUAGGUGAUGCAGAUGCAGCUUUGCUGAUAAAUCCCGACUCUGCCAAGGGAUACAAAUAUAGAGGAAUGGCAAAAGCCAUGUUGGGCAAGUGGGGAGAAGCUGCAAGUGACUUGCAUGUGGCAUCAAAACUUGAUUAUGAUGAGGAAAUAAAUUCAGUGCUCAAAAAGGUGGAGCCCAAUGUGCACAAAAUCGAGGAACAUCGCAGGAAAUAUGAGCGCCUGAGGAAAGAGAGAGAAGAACGUAAGAAAGAACAGGAGAGGCAACGCCAGCGAGCUGAACCUAAGGCAGCUGAGAAGCAAGAUGCUCUUCUAGAGGAAGGAACUGUCAUCAGCAUUCACUCCUCCAAUGAUCUACAAACAAAACUAAAGGCAGCUGCGCGCCUUCAUCGCCUGGCAAUCCUCUACUUCACUGCGACAUGGUGCGGGCCUUGCCGCUUCAUGGCGCCUGUUUUCAAAACUUUAGCCGAGAACCACCGUGACGUGGUGUUCUUGAAAGUCGACAUCGAUGAACUAGGUGACGCGGCUCAUAGCUGGAAUGUCAAUAGUGUGCCGACUUUCUUCUUCGUGAAGGACGGGAAAGAGGUCGACAAAGUCAUGGGGGCUGAUAAAAAUGGGCUCGAGAGUAAGAUCUUGAUCCAUGCCGCAAAAUCAUGACCGAUAGAUGAGUGGUAAUGCCAAGGUAUCAUUGACUAUUGAACAUGUUUUCUCAAUCGUCCAAUUGCAAUACGUACUUUUCUAAUGUUCUUCCGGUGAAGAAUCAACAAUGGAAUGUGAUUCUUUUAUUUUCAUCUUUGUUAUAACUAGUUACGUUAUUUGGAUUAAUAAAUAAUUUUAUAAUAGUUUUAGUUGA